UUCAGCCAUGACAGUCCUGCGUGGUGCGUUUGGAUGCGGCGGAAUUUUAUUUGCCAAGGUCUUUGUCAUCUUAAAUACUGUUUUGAAGUAUAUUUAUAUUUAUUUCGAUAUAUUUGGGUAAUUUUAAGUUGGAAUUUAAUAUCUAUCUUAUCAAAAGAUUAUAUGAGAAUAAUUUCAUCCAAUCACGAAUGCAGUGAGAACGUAAACAAGGGAGGGGGAAGAAAGGGAGCAGGUGAUUGGUCCAUAGCUUUGCCGAUAACUCUCCCGGACGACCAAUCAGCGACGCCUUGAGAGGUGACGUCACGAGUUUUCCGCCCGUGCUUUCCCGAGCUCGGUUUCCCUUUCAUUCCAUUCAGCAGUUUCCAAGGUCUCGCUCAUCGAAGAGGUUGUCUGAACUCGUCCUCCUCCUCCAUCUCUCAAGGCCAAAAAAAUGGAAGCGAUUUUGUCCUCCGACGUGAAGAAAGACGAGAAUUACUACACCAUCUUGGGCUGUGACCCAAGCUCGUCAGUGGAGCAGAUUCAGGCCGAGUACAAGGUCCGCGCGCUGCAGCUUCACCCCGACAAGAACCCGGAUGACUCUCAGGCCGAAGAGAAGUUCCAGAGGCUGCAGAUCGCCAAGGACACCCUAUGCGACCCGGAACAACGCGUUAAGUACGACAAAUGGCUUAAUAGUGGUCUGGCCAUUUCUUACGAGCAGUGGAGCGGCAUGCCUCCCAUGACUACGACUCUGCACUGGGCGACCCCGAACACCAAGGAACGCAUGCUAGAACCAGGCACGUCCCAGGCAGCGCAAGGAGGCCAAGCAGGACAGGCAGGACACGCAGGACCUCCUCCUACAGUGAAGCCAGGCAGCAGGAGGGCGUCGGAGCAGGUCUCUCACAUCCUUCACGGGAGGACCAAGGAGACCGUCAGAGUCCCUCGCCCUUCGGAAGUGUGGGAGAGGGACACUUCGGAAGUCAUGAAGAAAUUUAGGAACUAUGAGAUAUAAGGACGGCCGUCACUCAGCAGGAAAACCCAAGCUUAUGAUGUAUUGAAGAUCGUUUAUUAUUUGUUUUUAUUCUUUCUUUCAGAAUCUCUCUCUGUCUCUGUCUCUCUCUCUCUCUCUCUCUCUCUCUCUCUCUCUCUCUCUCUCUCUCUCUCUCUCUCUCUCUCUCUCUCUCUCUCUCUCUCUCUCUCUCUCUCUCUCUCCUAUUCCUCGUUUACUCCUUCCUCACUGUCUUGUUUUCAACUUGUCAGAUUUGUGAAGAAAACACACUUUUUCGAGCGACUAUACAUGUACGUGAUAAUUGUUUUUUAGAAUUAUAUUUUUGUAUUCUUACUGUAGUGUCUUGUCUUGCCGCUGUAAGUGUUUUAGAUAAAAAUAUUUUGUUCUGUAAGUAUAACAUCAGUUUAAACUUUUUAGGGAUUGAAUAAAAUAUAUAUGUAUAUUUUUCUUCACGUGAAUUAACAUCAUUGUUCUGAUUACUUACUUAGACGUACUUUAUUGAAUUUGAAAUAUGUAUAUCUAUAUGUCUUCUUGAAUAUUAAACUUAUUGUUAUCUGGAAAUGCCCUUGUUGAAGUAUAGGUAUAUUUGAUGUCAGAAUUGUAAAAGUAAUGAUAAAUUUAACCCGGUCGGUAUGGUGUUUAUUUAGUAUUAAUAUUUCGGUUCAAGACAAGACAAGUGAAAGUAAAUAUAAAGAGUUAUCACUAGACUAUAAAAUUUAUGUCUGAAUAGCAUACAUACAUACAUACAUUUGUACAGUACGUGCAUAUACACAUGAAUGUAUGUAGCAAUGUAUGUAUGUAUAUGUAAUGUGUAUAUAUAAAGAACUAGUUUUAAACCUUUUGAUUGGAAUAUUAACGUGAUGUUUGUAAAACCCAGUUAAAAAGAUCUUGAUGUGUGAAUAAAUGUAUGAAUCCAGCACAAUUAUCAAUUGAUUUUAUAUUCAUUUUGGCGUUAUUUAAGCUAAAACUUGAUAAUAAUUGAAAGCUGGUAAAUUCGUGUUAGUGACCCUGUGGUUAAAUCAUUUAUAAAAUUUAACAAAAUAAUGUUGGUAAUCAGGUAGUGUCACUUUCUGUAACAAGACGUUUUUUUCGAUUUCUUUUUUUUUUUUUUUCUGGAAGUGUUCAAUUUAAAUGGUUUUCAAAGGUGUAGUACUUCUUUUGUGCAUAUGGGAGCAUAUCCCGACAAACCAUAUAUUAUAUUAGGACGUAAGGGAAAUCAGUAACUCAAGUUUAGAUGAAUUAUAUUGGUGUUUUAGAUGUGACUGACUGUCUGUGUUCCAUUGCUGUGCGAUUUUGAACUUAAAACUUUCCCGAUGACCAAACGAAGAUUUUGUUGUUUCAGGACCAAAUUAAGUUAAUGAACCGUGGGAUGACGAGCAUGAUGGUUUCCAUUUAUGAAUGAAAUGUAUCCCUUUCUCUCUCUCUCUCUCUCUCUCUCUCUCUCUCUCUCUCUCUCUCUCUCUCUCUCUCUCUCUCUCUCUCUCUCUCUCUCUCUCUCUCU